AUGACUGCUUCGACUCCAAUCCCAACAAACGGCGAGGUGCCCAGUGCUCCUUAUACAAAUGGAACUAAUGGAAUCCACACAACAAAGUCAAAAUCUCAUCCUCAUGUUAACGGAAUCAAUGGGACUAGCUCUCCUAGUGAAUUUGCAAUCCCACUCAACUUAGAUCAUGCUUACAAGCCUAGAAAGCUUCGCGUUGUCACCAUCGGAGCUGGCUUCUCGGGUUUAUUGAUGGCGCAUAAGAUCCAACAUCGAUUCCCAGAGCUUCAAGAAUACGUCGAGCAUACCAUAUAUGAAGCUCGCAGCGAUGUCGGAGGUACAUGGUUGAUCAACACCUAUCCAGGUGUACAAUGUGAUGUUCCGUCACAUAUAUACGCUUUCCCAUUUGAUCCGAAUCCCGACUGGAGUCGAUUCUAUUCUAGCGGAGAAGAGAUCCAAAACUAUAUCAGAGACACGGUCCAAAAAUGGAAUCUGGAUCGAGAUUUGCAACUGAACACGAAAGUUGUUGGUGCGUACUGGGAAGAAGACGCUGGUCGUUGGAGAUUGGUCGUUGAAUACGACGGAAAGGAGCGCGAGGAGUAUUGCGAUAUUCUCGUUUCUGCGCAAGGAGUCCUGGUCCAUCAUUCAUGGCCUGACAUCCCUGGUUUACAUGACUUCAAAGGCCAUCUUACGCACUCGGCCUCUUGGGAUCACGAUUACGAUUACUCGAAUAAGCGCAUCGCCGUCAUUGGGAACGGGUCAUCGGGAAUACAAAUAACUCCACAGAUGGCGCAGCUACCUGGAACAGAAGUGAUCAAUUUCAUGCGAAGUCCUGCAUGGGUUUACUAUCGUGUUCCGCCUUCCAAACAUCUUGGACGGGAGGUGGAUGAUGCGAAUCCUGCGUACUCUGAGGAUGAAAGGAAGAGGUUCAAUGAUCCAGAAUCGCAUAAAGAAUAUCGAAAAGCGAUUAUAUCUCGAACUAACAAGGCUUUCCGCUUGUUUCUCAAAGGCGAGCAAAACGAGGCAGCUGUACGCUUUGGCACCGAACAGAUGGCGGAAAAGCUCAAUCAUGAUCCAGAUCUCUGUGAGAAGUUGAUUCCUAAAUGGGAGGUCGGAUGUCGUCGCGUCACACCAGGUCCAGGCUAUUUAGAAGCUUUCAGUCGACCGAAUUGCAACCUCAGUAACAGUCCAAUCCUUAAAAUCACAGAGAAUGCAGUCCAUACAGAAGAUGGAAAUGUAUUUGAGUGUGAUGUUGUCAUAUGUGCGACUGGCUUUGAUGUUUCCCACUGUCCUCGCUACCCUGUUGUGGGUCAGAAUGGCCUUAAGCUUUCAGAGAAAUGGGCAGAUGAGCCAGAGUCAUACCUCUCAGUCUCAACAUCUGGUUUCCCAAAUUAUUUUAUAAUGAUGGGACCAAACUGUCUCGGUGGUCAUGGCUCAUUGGUUGAGUCCCUCAACUGGACAGGAGAUUACUUUGUGAAGUGGAUCAAGAAGAUCGCCACAGAAGACAUCAAAUACGUUGUUCCUAAGCGAUCGGCCGAAGAGGCAUUCGUGAAAUACGGUGACCAGGUACAUAAGACUCUAGCUUGGACGGGCAGUUGCAAGAGUUGGUAUAAGCGAAACCGCGUUGAUGGCCGCGUUACAGCCUUGUUUGGAGGGAGUGCUAUUCUGUUUCACAGGUUGAUCAGUGACCUGCGAUCCGAGGACUUUGAGAUUGAAUACAAUAGCCCAAAUACUUUCCGGUUCAUGGGAAAUGGAUUUACUGAGUUUGAAAUGACGGAAGGGAAUGACUUAUCUUUCUAUGUUGAGGUUGCUGAUGAACUUUCGGCUGAUGACAAGAUUUUAGGUUGA